CACACAAUUUGCAUAUAUAGCAUUUGCUAUAUAACGAGUCCUACAAGUUAUUUGAGAUUUUAAGUAAGUGACUUUAAUUGACAAUUAUUAGUUCAAAUCAAAUGGCUUCUUCUUCUGCUCGCGUUGCUUUUCUUGUCAUUUCCAUGGCUUUGCUUUCCUCCGUUGCAAUGGCAACUGAUCACAUCGUGGGUGGUGACAAGGGUUGGACUCUUGAUGUUAACUACACGCAGUGGGCUCAGGAGCAAUUUUUCAGAGUUGGUGACAACCUUGUGUUCAACUACAACAACUCCAGGCACAAUGUGUUCAAAGUGAACGGUACAUUGUUCCAGAACUGCACUGUUCCACCAGCAAAUGAAGCACUUACCAGUGGAAACGAUGUGAUUCCAAUCAAAAGUGAAGGGAGGAAAUGGUACAUUUGUGGCAAAGCAGACCACUGCAGUGCUCAUCAAAUGAAGUUUGUAAUCCAUGUUGACGCAGAAGCUGCACCUGCUCCUUCUCCUACUUCAGCUGCUCACACCUCUGUGGUCUCAUCAGUGUUUGGGGUUGCCAUGGUAGCCAUGGUUACUAUUGCCGCCAUCUUCGCGUGACAAGCUAUGGGAAAUUAAAUUCUUGUUCUUGAGCUUUAAUUUGUAUUGCAUUUAAAAUUACCUAUGAUGAGUUUGUGUUGGCUACAAUGCACGAGAAAUUACCUUAAUUUUUAUGUUUUGUGUUAAUGAAAUGGAUUAUAUACUAUAAUUUAUUCUUAAUGUUGUUGUACUACUAUCUCAAUAAGAUGUUACAAAUUUGAUUUUGUUGAA